CUAAAAAAUUCAAUUUUAAACUUGAUUUUUUAUUUUAAUUAAUUAAUUAUAUUAUAUACUACAUUAUAUAUAAAAUACUCAAUUUUAAUUCUGUUAAAAUGUUCUUAAUGUGUUUUUUCCCUUUAUCUUUUCUUAAUUUAAAUUUUUAUUUGAAUUUUCAUUUGAAUUUUGUGUUGAUUAAAUCUUAUUUAUACGAGUGUUUUUUACUUUGUUUCACUUUAUUUUCCAUUUUCCAUUUUCCAUUUUCUAUUUUCCAUUUUCUAUUUUCCAUUUUCUGUUUUCUAUUUUCCAUGUUCUAUUUUCUAGUUUUUGAUCUUCUAAUCUUUAUUUUUUAAUUCACCCUUAAACUUUAAUAAAUGUUGAUGCAAUUAAAAACUACAUGAUAUUACCAAACAUUUAGUUGUCAAAUCAACAAAAAAC